AUGGACAGCCUUAUAACACCCUAUCAGAAUGAUUUCAUUAAAGGCAGGAACAUUACUGAUAACAUUCUUAUUGCUCAUGAGAUUCUGGAUGUGCUUAGAAAGAAAAAAGGCAGACAAGCUUGUUUUGGAGUUCUUAAAAUUGACAUGAGUAAGGCCUAUGAUAGGGUUAACUGGACUUUUCUUAAGGCUGUCCUUACUGUUAUGAAGUUUGAGGAAAGGUGGAUUCAAUGGAUAAUGGAAUGUAUGACUUCUGUUAGUUAUACUUUGCUUGUAAAUGGGAAUCUAACAUCUUCUUUUAAGCCUUCCCAAGGACUAAGACAGGGAGAUCCUCUUUCUCCCUAUGUAUUCCUGUUUUGUGCCAAUAUCCUUUCUAUUGCCUUACUACAAGCUGAAAAUCAUAAACAAUUAAAAGGUAUGAAGAUUGGUAGGAAUGGUCUCUCAUUCACUCAUCUCCUUUUUGCGGAUAACUCUCUUUUCUUUUUCAAAAAGGAUGAUAUGUCAGUUAUAAAAUUGCUUGCCAUUUUGGACUGGUAUUGUACUAUCUCUGGACAGAAAAUUAAUUUGGCAAAAUUGGAUCUCUAUUGCUCUCCUAACAUGGCUGUUGUGGAAAAAGAAUCUCUUGCUUCUACCCUUCAUGUCAAUCUGGUUCAGAAUCCAACUAAAUACCUUGGAAUGACUUUUAAGAUGAGGGGUAAUAGAUGCGCAGACUUUCAUUUUCUGGUAGAUAAGCUUCAUUCUAGACUUCAAGGUUGGAAGGCUAGACUUUUAUCACAAGCUGGUAGAACAACACUCAUCUCUUCUGUUCUCCAAUCUCUUCCCUUCUAUGCUUUUUCUUAUUUCAGGGUACCUGAUACCAUUUGCAACAAAAUGGAUGCCGUUGUAAGAGCAUUUUGGUGGGGGCAUGAGACUGGGGAAAGGAAAUUACAUCUAAUCAAAUGGAAUAGAGUUUGUCAACCUUGGAGGCUAGGGGGACUUGGUCUGAAAAAAUUCAAAACAAUGAAUCAAGCCAUGAUCACUAAACAGUUCUGGCGAAUUCAUCAUAAUCCCCAUUCUCUUCUAGCUAAGACCUUCAAAGCAAAGUAUUUCCCUAGAGGACCAAUUCAGGACUGUUGCCCCAAAUCACACCAUUCAUGGUUUUGGAAAAACAUCAUUAAACAGGAAUGUCCAAGUUUGAGGGAAGGAAGAUGGUGGAUUGGUGAUGGAUACAAUAUCCCUCUCAAGCAUAAAGACUGGGUUCAAUGGUCUCCUCUUAAUCUUCAAGACCAUAGACUUCCUACUGGAACUGUGGGAGACUUAAUUAACCACACUUCUGCCCCUUGGAACUGUGAUCUAGUUAGAGCUCUCUACCCCCCUUCUUUGGCUAGAAAAAUCUUUCAAUUUCCCAUCUCUAAAACAAACUCUGUUCAGGACAAAUUGGUUUGGAAACACUCUUCUGAUGGGGUGUACAAUGUUAAGAAGGCCUAUGAGAUCCUUAACUUCGAGCAAUUGCAACCUACUAAUCACAAUCCUUUUGAUCAGGUGGUGUGGACCAAACUCUGGAAAGUGAAAACCCCUCAGAAGUUAGACACUUUUGUGUGGAAGUUGCUUCUUGACAGCUUACCUACUUUUUCCAAUCUUAGGAGUAGAGGAAUCUCAAUUGACUCUACUUGUCCUUUCUGCAAUGAGCAUAAGGAGACCAGCACUCAUUUAUUUCUUUUAUGUUCCUUUUCGAGAGCUUGCUGGCAUGGCACCACUUUGGCCAUUCACUCUUCUGGCUUCAAUAACAUGUCUAUGCAGCAGUGGCUAACUAGGGUCAUCACCAUGUACAAUAGCAAGGACCCUAAUGUUAUGAACUAUCUACAAGCAUUAUUCACAACCUUGUGGUCUAUUUGGAAUCAUAGGAACAAAGUUGUUCAUGAGGGUAUUUCUCCUAAUCCUAUGAAUGUAAUUCUCAUGGUGCAAUCUCUAUCUUGCAGAGACAAGAAGAGGAAUAGAAGUGCUUUUGGUUUUGAAGCUGUCAACAUACAGGGAGAUAGUGUGUUCCUUGCUGUGAAUAGUAGCCUAGUUGGAGCAGCAGAGGGUUUUUUGCUUGAAGCUGUGGUGGAUGCCUGCCUUACAGCAAAAUAUCAUGGGUUUCAUAGUAUUUUGUUCCUAAGUGAUAGCAGAGGAUUGGUCAAGCUCUUUAAUACUAGGAAGGCUUUGGAUUGGCAAACUCACUAUAGGUUUGCUGAUUUAAAUUUUCUUGUACAAAAUGGUCUCCUCUGCCACAUGAUCCUUGUUCCUCAUUUGCUGCUUAAAUCUUUAUGUAAUGUAGCUAAAAAGGCAGUACAGGUGCCUAUUAAACACUGCUGGUUGAACCCAGCUCUUUUAUAA